AUGAUGAUAGGCCGUGUGUUGAACGUCGUCACAGGCAAUUAUGGAAAUUACCUGGGCAGGGCUGUUUUCUGCCACAUCCGAAGCACAAAGAGGGUCCCUCCAAGGCGCUGGAAGCCUGAACUAGACCGCUGGGUUGGCGACAAGUGGGCAGAGGUUAUGAUAUGUGGUAGUGAAUUGCUAGGAGAAGACGUACAGAGAAUUCCGUUCUUUGUGUACCAACUCUUCAUUAUAUUCCCGUCCUCUGUCCAAUGGGUCAAGCUGCACUCAAAGCUGGUGGAAAUCCUAUUAGGAAAUGAACUGGAACUUUCUUUCAGUUUUGCAGAAGUCGAAAUUUGGGACUCAUAUCCGGAUAAGAGUGCGCCUACACAUCUUUCUACGUUUUAUGGUUCUUGUUUUGAAAAAAUUAAGAAUGACGGUUGCAUCUUCGGCGACGCGGAGGCGGUCUCUGCGGAGUGUUCGAGAAUAGAGCAUGGUAGUAAGACGCUGGGGUUUCAUGGCUACACGGACUACAUUCUGUUCGACGACAAUGACAACGAUUCCGACACGGGCAAUAAAUACACCAGCACAAACAGUUACCUGUCGGAUGUAGCCAUUUUUGGCGAUAACGAUCCUUCCACCUGGCUUCACAAUGACGCGCCGUCCAACCUAUUUGGGCAAGGAGCUUUCUAUCGAGCAAGUAGUAUGUCUCCUAGGAACAGAAUUAAAGGUUAUAGUUGCAACACGGACAACGUAUCCCGUAUGGCUACCAUGGAGGAACAAGACUCGGCUUACUCAAGCAACAGCCAUCCACCCCCUGCGCAUUUUGACACGAAGCACGAUGACAUGGCUGACGAAUAUAUUCAGCCCCUACGAAAUGAAAAUAGGGUGUUUGUCCAAAUGCCGUUAAUAAAGAGAAUGGACAUUGCCGAUGGGGAGCAUUUGGAGAUGCGAGACGAUAGUACACAUUGUGGUUGCGGACACAUGGCGUGCGAGUCCAACCAUCAACCACACUCCUAA